CAUUUCUAUUUUGGAGAAUAAUCUCCGCAUGUGAAAUUGUAAAUGUGUUGUUUACUUCGUUGUUAAUCUUAGCUAAACGCCGCGCGCGCGCCGGUUAGCAUCGUUUAUUUUUUGCUGCAGUUUAAAGUAAAUAAAGUGAUGGACGAGGAGCCGGAGAGAGCGAAGCGCUGGGAGGGAGGAUACGAGCGGACAUGGGAGGUGCUGAAGGAGGACGAGUCCGGCUCCCUGAAAGCCACCGUAGAGGACAUUCUCUUCGAGGCCAAACGGAAGAGAGUGUUCGAGAGUCGUGGGCAGGUUCGUCUGGGGAUGAUGCGUCACCUGUUCGUGGUGAUCGACUCGUCUCGCACCAUGGAGGACCAGGACCUGAAGCCCAACAGACUCACAUCUACGCUGAAGCUCAUGGAGUACUUUGUUGAAGAAUACUUUGACCAGAACCCCAUCAGUCAGAUCGGAAUCAUCACCACCAAGAACAAACGAGCCGAGAAGCUCACUGACCUCGCAGGAAAUCCUAAGAAACACGUGACGGCCCUGAAGAAGGCGGUGGACGCGGGGUGUGUGGGCGAGCCGUCUCUCUACAACGCCCUCAACAUGGCCAUGCAGACGCUCAAACACAUGCCGGGACACACCAGCCGAGAGAUCCUGGUCAUCUUCAGCAGUCUGACCACCUGCGAUCCAGCCAACAUCUACGAGCUCAUCAAGACUCUGAAAUCCCUUAAAAUCCGAGUGUCUGUGAUCGGACUGUCUGCUGAGGUUCGGGUGUGUACCGUUCUCACCAGAGAAACAGGAGGAAGCUACAGUGUGAUUCUGGACGAGAGCCACUUUAAGGAGCUGCUGACGUUUCACGUGAAGCCUCCACCUGCCAGCUCGUCCUCAGAGUGCUCGCUCAUCCGCAUGGGUUUCCCUCAGCACGUCAUCGCUUCCGCGUCUGAUCAGGACGCCAAACCGUCCUUCAGCAUGUCGCACUUGGAGAGUUCAGACGGAGGACCAGGACUCAGUCUCGGCGGUUACUUCUGUCCCCAGUGCAGAGGCAAAUACACCGAGCUGCCUGUCGAGUGUAAAGUGUGUGGUCUGACGCUGGUCUCCGCCCCUCACCUGGCUCGGUCGUUUCAUCACCUCUUUCCCCUUGAAGCGUUUCAAGAGCGCCCCCUGGAGGAGCACACAGGAGACAGGUUCUGUCAGGCCUGUCAAGGACAGCUGAAGGACAAAAGUGUGUUCACGUGUCCGGUGUGUGCGAGUGUUUUCUGUGUGGAGUGUGACAUAUUUAUUCACGACACGCUGCACUGUUGUCCAUGCUGUAUACAGAGACAGGACACGUCCUGAGGACACACACACACAGAGAGAGAACUCUCAGCACUUUCUUCUGCUUUGACUCGAUCCUCCUCUACUCAGUGUGUCAGAGUUUGAAUGAAAAAGAUAAUUACAUAACAUCUCACACACACACACACCUUGCAGCAUCAUACACACUUGCAGAUCAUGACUAGCAUUGAGAAAGCAGUGUGUAGGUUUCUCGUCCUGUUGAAUUGUGUUUACUGGCUUCAACACCAAAAGUAUUGGGGCACCCAGCGUUCACAGCCCUGAUCAGUCGGUCUGGAGUUGUUACAGGAGUAUAAUUUGCCUUUUGUCCAUGAGUGUCUGUGAGAGAGGACAGGUAGCUCCUCCUGGUGGGUGGGACACAAAUUACCUGGACAAUAAGAUCAUCAUGAUUUAAACAUUGACACACAAUUAUGUAAUUGUAAUAAAUAGUGCGCUAAAGAGCUGUAGACCUGUUAACCAUUUAAAGAACUGAUAUAAAUGUUUAUAUUUUUCUAA